GUUUGCUGAUCGGAAACUUGCUCCAAGACUUCAUAGUUGACGAAACUCAGGAUAUCGAAGGAAGGGAAUGGAUUUGGCUCCACUAUGGAACUUCUUUCCGAGCGAUUUACACCAUGUACGAGAUCACCUUUGCAGGGAACUGGGGUAUCUAUGCCAGACCCGUCUUGGAGCACGUCAGCCACUUCUACUGUAUUUUCUUUAUCAUCUACAUCACCUUCGUGGUCUUCGCCGUCAUUCGCGUGAUCACCGCUAUCUUCCUUCGCGAGACCCUCGAGGCCGCUAACAACGACGCGGAGCUCAUGGUCCAAGAAGGUCUGCGAAGAAAGGCCACCUACAUUCACAAGCUCGAGGCCAUCUUCAAUGCGAUUGAUGAGAGCCAGGACGGCUUGAUUGAUGAGGAGGAGCUGAAUGAGCUCUUCAUGGAUUCGCGGGUGACUACCUACCUAGAGACACUCGAGAUCGACGUGAUGCAGUCCUCUGCGUUGUUCCACUUGCUUGCCAACAGUGAUGGACAAAUUACAUGUGCCGACUUCAUUGACGGCAUUUUGAGAUGCAAGGGCCCGGCGCGAGCUAUCGAUCAGAUCAUGAUGGAGACCGGGCAUGCACAUCUACUUCGGGGCAGGAAGCCUUAA